AUGUCUCGCCUUAGGUUUUGUUUGUUGUUAGCAGUGAUAUGCAGUUGCUCUCACCUCGGUCAAACUUCUGAUGAGACGAUAAUCAUACCAGUAGACAAAAUUAAAACUACCCAAGCACCUGACACUACUACUGAAAUCACUACCACUUCUAGCAGCACUACUAGCACUCCCGCUCCUAACACCACCACUCCCAAAACAACAACAUCUACCAUAACACCCAGCACUUCCACUUCCACUACAACUACACCUAGCAGUACCACUUCCACUACAACUACACCUAGCAGUACCACUCUUGAGCCUACAACUACUCCAGCGCCCACACCAGCUCCAGGGCCCGUCCCUCCUCCAGGGCCCGUCCCACCUCCGAAGCAAGGCACAUGGAAUUACACAGAUGGCAACUUGACUUGCAUUGUUACACAGUUUGCUGCUCAACUCAACGUGACAUACCCCAAAGUGGUAGAUAGUGUGACCACCCUGUGGAGUGUGAUCCUCAAUGUACCAUCGGACGCAGAAGUGGUAGCUGGUAACUGCACUGGUGACCAGUGGUUGACUAUCAGCUGGCCAAGUUCAAACGAAUCCAUAGCCAAUAACAUGACUAUCGUUUACCACAAGAAUGAGACCACGAAGAAUUAUGGAGUUAAAAGCUUCAAUAUAUCUCUGGCGCCUGACAACUUUGUCAAUGCAUCAUCAACAGGACCCAUCGACCUGUACCACGGCCCCGAAUGGGAGACUCCUCUCGCCACUUCCUAUCGUUGUAAAGUGCCCACCAGGCUCAACAUGACGUCGGACGCUACCAGCACAGCCAGCCAGCUCACGCUGCUCACGCUGCAGGAAGAAGCGUACCGCACCACUCCUGGCACUGGUUUCAGCGCUGCGAGACUUCCAAACAAAACAAAAAUUUACCAAAUCGUUGUACAAAUUCUAUGGUUUGAAAAAAAAAACACCUAA